CCACUUUCUGCUCAGCCCGUUCUCCCACUUGCCCGUUGAACAGAGACUGGACCAGCUGGGUAGUGUGGAGAGUGUAAGGGAUGUGACAUACUUCUUUUUUUCUUUCUUUUUUCUUCAACCCCCUCCCCACCCCAUCCCGGUUCCCGUUUGGACUUCAUCACAUUUCGUGUUCUCACCUGGACUCCGACCAAUAAUGUCUGAUAGCAUUGUGAGGAAGGUCCAGCCCUUCACUAUUGGGACGAGGCUGUCAGCCCCGGCUGUGCCUAAAUGCCAGGAGUUUACGCAGAGUUACCUGCAGAGCCAGAGCCUGGAUAACUGCAGCCUGCAACACAACCUGAACUCGCUCUUCCUCAGCCGGUCCCAGGUUUGCGCACGCAGCCCCAGCUGUCUCGUGUCGCCCGUCGCGGCGAUGCAGGUCGCGCCCGCGAAGCGCGAGAAGGAGGACAUGGCAGCCGAGGACGACCUGAACCAGAACAUCGCCUCCUCUCCCUACGCAGUCUCCAGGUCCAUCAAGAAGAUCACGAUCUCCGGGUGCAAAGACAGCUCGGAGAGCCACGUGCCACCGCUUCCCAUCACGGGGUUCACGUCUGAAAACAAUAAUAACAACAACAAUGUCACCAGCACGUCGGAGCCACGUCUGCCCAGGAUUGUGGGAGUGAGUUGUGAGGAUAAGCCCAGUUCUCACUUCAAGGUUUUACUCAGAAAAGAAAGCAGCAAUGACGUUCAGCCCACGCAGGGACAAACCAGACGGGAACUGAACAGAGAGAAAUCUGACCAACAGAUCUCGGGGCCUGAAUUGCAUCAGAAAGAGCCUCAGAGAAGAGAUAGUCCUCCGCACGCACAGAAUGAAACGGCUGCGGGGACGUCCCAGAGUGACUGCUUCACUCAGCGCAACUCGCUCUUCAACAAGGAAGCGCUGCAGGCAGAGGAGUGGAUCAAAGGCAAGCUGCAGGACCUGAAGGAUGGAUGCAACAUUCAGCGCUGCCCCCUGCAGGACUGGGAAGAAGCCUCGCAGACGCUUCACAGAGACCUCAAAGACUUCGAGAACACCCUCAUUCAACUCACCCAGAUGGGUGAGCAGUUGAUCUGCAAGCUGAACCCCACCUCUGAUCUGGUGAAGAAGCAGAUCAGCCAGCUCAGGGACCAGUGGCAGAGCCUGAAGCAGACGGCUGCAAACCAGACCAGGGCCCUGCAUGGAGCCAAGAACUUGCAGGAGUUCAACAAAAAGGUCGACAAGCUGGAGGCAUGGAUUAGAGAGAAGCAGGAAGAGGAGCAGUCUCUGGUGGACGUCCUGGGGGGGAAUGUUGACAAAAUGCAGCUGACCAGGAGAAUUUUAGAUCUGAAGCAGGAUGAGCAGCUAUACAGAAACCUCCACGAGGAGAUCAACCACUUGGCCCUAAACCUGGAGAAACAAGGGAAGACAGAUGUCAAAAACAUCUCCGGCAAGAGGAAACACAUCAACAAAAUGUGGCUGAAGGUCCAGUCUCACCUGAAAAACCACCAUGAAAAUCUUCAGUUGGCACUGGAGGUGUCCUCUUUCUACCAACAGGCCGACAAUACCUUGUUUGCUAUUAAUAACAUGUGGAAAAGUAUAUCUGCCUCCAAAGAACCGGAGAACUUUGGAGAUCGAGAAAUACGCGACAUCGCCAGUCAAAUUAUGAUGCUCGAUGUGAGCGUGUCCCAGGUGUCUAAUCUCCACCCUGCCCUGGCUGCCGGCGUCACACAGAAACAGAGCGAGGUGAAGGACUGUUGGGCGCUUCUUCAGAAGGUUUUCAGGACCACGCUCCCUCCCACUGGCUCCGCUUUCACCAGGGAAGAUGCCGACCCCCUGACACCAGCCCGAGAACCCGAGUGCAACGUGGGAAUGGAGGCGCAAAGGAUCAUGGGAAAGGAGGUGAAGGAGGAGCAGAAUCGCCUGAAAGGCUGUGUGAUUACGGUUGAAUGUGGGAUCGGCAGGAGAACACCGAGCCAGGAGCAGCCAUCAGCGAACCACACCCCCUCACCCACGGGAGACUCCCCUGCCUGUGUAAAUGAUGUCAUCGUCAGACAUCAAUUGAAGGGGGAAAGCAGGAAGCCCAGAGCAGAGCCUGAGCUUGCCGCCGCCCCGCAAGGCCACCCACAGCUUUACACACAGCUCCAGAAGUUCACCGUGUCUGCCGACAAGACAUUGUCAUGGCUGAAAGACAAUGUGUCCAUGGCCACACAGGUGUGUACAAUAGCCAGCUUUGAGGGGCUUGAAGCAGCCAGGAGGUGUCAACACGCUCUGGAGCAAGAAAUUCUCACCAACAGGGCCAGGAUAGAGGUGGUCAAACGGGAGGGCCACGGGCUGGUCCGCGCUCAGCACGCCGGCAGCGCCAAGAUAGAGAAGUUCCUCAGCCAGCUGGAAGUCCUGUGGGAGGAGCUGCGGAGGAGGCACCAGAGGAACGCAGUGUUUCUGAAGGCCUCAGAGGAGCUGGGUUUUAGGGUUGUAAAAGUGCUCCAGGCCCUGGGCAGUCUGGAGGCCUGGCUGGAGUCCGUGGAGCUCUCUAUGAAGGAAUCGGCUCUCGCCGGCGACCCUGAGACGAUGAGCAUGGCCGAGAGGGAGAGCUGUCUGCUGGAGAAAGAGGUCGCGGCCCGCAGCCCCGAGCUCCGCACGCUGAGGCGCGAGGUGGAGCGCCUCCACAGCCACAGUCACCCACACACACAAGGCCUGCCAGCACGCAUGCAGGAGGUGGAAAGAAAGUACCAUCGUGUCCAAAGUGCCCUGACCCAGCAGAACUCAGAGCUGCAGGACACACGAAUGCUGACAGAGUUCUUGGAGCGCGUGGAGCUGGAGGAGAGCCAGGAGCUCAGCGGCUGUCGGUACAGCCUUGGCCAGCCACUUCACAGUGAGAUUUCAUCAGCUCCUACAUUGCUGGGCCUCCGAAGCAGUGGCAGUGGGGAGCCCCUGAUGGAAAGCAUGGGGGACCCUGUGGAGGAACUACGAGAGGCCGUCGAGAUGCUGAAUGACACCGUUCGGGAAAGAGGUCGGUCGCAGAGCCACGACCAGGCCAUCCAUGAGCUGCUGAGCAAGCACGCCAGCCUGGCGGUGCACGUGGAGGAGUGCCUCUGCCGCAGCAAAGAGCUGGGCCUGGACAUCCUGGAGAAGGAGACGGACAUGGCUGUCCAAUGUGAGCCAGACCACUGUGGCCUCGAAGCUCUGCAGGAGAAGCAGGACCACCUGGAGAUUGACUAUGAAGUCAUCAGGGAGGAGGUGAAGGAGAUGGAGAGCCAGACGUCUCGCUUGGAGGAACUGUGCCCAGAGAGAGUGCACAUGCUCGGGGCAAAGAUCCAGGCUAUGUUGGAGGGCUGGACGGAGCUGGGCAAGAGUACGACGGAGAACAAGUCGCGUCUGCAAGAGUUUGUGCAGCUCCAGGACUUCUUCAGGAGCUACCUCGCCAUGAUCUCAUGGACAGAAGACACCAGGUCGUGCAUUUUCUCAGACACCGCCUUGCAUCCUGGGAGGGUGGGCCAGAGGCCGCUCGCUGUGGAGCUGGAUAUGCAGAUUGAGCACAAGUUUGAGGAAUUUGAUGAGCUGGCGGACACGGGGAGGAAUGUUUUAGACAAGGAACACCACCUCACGCAGAUGGUAAGAGAGCGCAUGGAGGAACUGAGGAGUAUGCUCGGGUGGAUCUCGGUGCACUGGAGGGCUCAGAAACAACAGUGGCUUCACAAGAAGAGCAGACAGGAGCCUUCACAAGAUAACAUCUAUUCUGAGACCACCACGUGCACGCCAUUGACAGAGAGUUUGGCUCCUGAGCUAGAAGCCCACCUGGCGGCCUGCCAGUCCCAUCCAUCCCCAUUCAUCACUUUCAAUGAAGACGAAUCAAAGGCAGCGACGGCGGCGGACGGCCAACCCUCGCCGUUGCCGUCCAGACACGCUGAGCAGCGGGAGGAGAAGCAGUUCGAGGACGGGUAUGAGGUUAUGAACAGCAUCGAACCGCAGGAUGGAAAGGCCAUAUCCUCAAAGUCUCCCAAAUCCUCCAUCGUGGUCCUCAAAGAGCCAAGCAGCCCUGCUUUAGGGGGCACGGUCAACCUCAUCCUAAGUUUUGGGGGCCAGGGGGACAGCCGGGUUCAGGUGCUUGACCCGCCUGCUAGGCCGGACGAGGCAGUGGACGAGACCUCUGAGCCCGUCCACAGGCCCACUGAGCCUCAAUCUUCUGCCUGUAAAAGCUUUUGGAGGCGCUGCCAGGGGCUUUUGGAAAAUACUUUUGGUAGUUUAAAGAGAAAGAGAAAGAUUUAUCGGCAGAGUGCAAACGAGGUAAGUACCUACUUGCAUGUCAAGGAUAGCAACUUGGCUGUGGUCCCCGUGUAUGAGAGUAUCACCUUGCCCCGCCAAAAGAGCCGCUCUGCAGCCUCAACCUCCCCUACUUUCUCGCUGGCCUCCUCUUCGCCGUCUCCCUCGGCGUCUCAGAUGACCAACGUAUCCUUCAGCCCUUUGGCGGGGAGCGGCGGGAGCUCCAUCUUCAGCAGCCUCAAGAGGAUGGGCAAGAAGAGGAAGAGGAAGAAGGAUGCUCGCAGACACACCAUUCAGAAAAUCAUGGGAGUGGAGGAGCAAACAGAAGGGACGCCUCAUUAUGACUGCGAGAUGAUCACGUACGACACACACACAUGGCCCUUGAAAGAAGGCAGAAGGAAGAAGAGCUCACAGAAGAGCGGGGAUGGGGUAGAGGCUAUGGCCUACAUAAAGAAUCCUCUGCUGAGGGACAUCGACACGGAAUGUGCUGGAGAAUACAGCAUUAUUCCAUAUGCGUUCUCGGAGGACACAGCCACAAAUCAUGCGAGAAGCCACUGCAGAUUCCUCUCUUUGGGCUCCGUGCUGAGCUUUGACCUCCCGAAGGACAUGACCCUCAUCCCCAGCAUCCAGGACAUCAUUACCAUCGCCCCACCGGAGUCCAAAAAAGGAACAGGAACUGACCCGGAUCCCCACUCCCAGAGACACACAGCCCUGAGCUCCUUCAAACAGACACGGCCCACUCCCGCCGUCACACACAGCUCAGCAGAGCUCGGUUUGACUGAAACAUGGACUACCACCGCUGGAGUGAAAGAUUCUCCUGAUGUGGAAAAGAUUUACCAGCCACAGCCUCCUCUCUUCCCGGAAGGAGACAAGGAUCAGACUGCACCGUGUCACGGCCUGUCUAAAACCCACUCCAGCCUGCACGAGUAUGCAGAACAGGAGUGGGACAGAAUGUCUUCAGAGGUUAAAACCAGUACGGCUGAAAGAGAUGGGAGCAGCCAGCAUUCCCAGUUGCCUAUUUAUGUGAAUCAAGCCCGAAAGGUAGCUUCGCCUAAACACGAAUGCCCCAGUGUCCACACGCUCAUCCGAGACCUAAAUGGACACCAGUAUCAUAGACAUGCAAGAACCCAGAUUGUGCGUGGAGAGAGUCCUAGACUUCAGUGUCUGAGCCAAGCUUCUCAUAUGGUCGUGAAUCUGAGGUCAGCGGUGAGUGUUCACCAGGAUUCGGUCGACUCUGGAAUCUCCACCUCCAGCAGCAUCAAGCUUUGCAAUGAGGCCCCGGGUCCAGAUAACCCGCAGCCCAAGGGUGUGGUGGGGAGGCUCAUGUCCUUCGAGGUGGGAGGUCUAGACUACGCUAAAACGAAGGGGAACGCUUUAACAUCAUCGGCUCCAUCCGCAGAGCUAGAAACAGAGUCUGUGCACCUCGACCGCCAGCAGUUUGAGGAGGAAGAGGAAGAACUGGAGGACAUCUGGAACCGUACUCCUAACUACAGACAGAGCAUCUGCUCAGACAUCAUGUACCAGCCCAACCCCGGACCCUCAGACCAGUCUAGGGAGCCCCUCUCCCGCUCACCCUCGCCCAAGACCCCGUCUGUGCUCUACAGGAAACUGGUCACAGCCUCAGCACCCAACCUCCUCGUGGCCGAGUUUGAACUGCCCCCCUACCUUCAGAGCUUGCUGGGCUACAACAAGGAGCAGAGCCCCAAAGGUCACCUCCCUCCCUUGGCCACAGGAGACAGGAGGUCCUGGGCGGCCUUUCCAAACAGGGAACCAGCCGGCAAGACCUUGGUGGCUGUGAACGAGACGGCAUCUGAUCCAGUGAAGCUGCCAGAUGUGGGCGACAAUCAGAGAUAUAUCUAUCAAUACAGAGAGGAGGAGGAGGAGGGGGCAAAGGUGGGGGAGGAGCUGGAUGAGCGUGCAGGUUCUUUGAAGGACCAAUCAAUGGGUCUCCUGUCAGUUCAAACGGGUUCGGAUGGCGUCUGUAGGCAAAGAAAAGCCUCGCAAAGCCUCAACAACAUGGAGGUGCAGGAAGAAUGUGUGGCAACAAGAGGGCGCUGUGUCACGCUGAGUGGAAAGCCAGAGCUGCCAUCUAUGGAUGGAACGCUGGAGAGGAAGCACAAGCUGCAGCUGGGAGGGAAGAAAGCUGCCUCCAGAGGGUGGAACACCUACCAUGCCGUCCUAUACAGACACACCUUGUGCUUCUACCAGGACAGAAAGGACACACUAAGGAGCUCUGCAUGCGGCCUGCCGCUGAACCUCAUGGGAGCUGAGUGUUCACCUGCAGCGGAAUACACCAAAAAAAGCAACUGCUUUCGACUACAGCUCCGCGAUGGCUCUGAGUAUCUGCUGAAUGCCUCCUCGCGCUUCUUGAUGAAGAAGUGGAUGAUGAAAAUACAAGCAAGCACAGGUUUGAGUGAGUCCGUGUCUUCAUGCGUCCCCGCUGAUCCAGACAUCCCCAUCUCCCUAAAGCCCUUCCUCUGCUCCGGCUGUCACGGCCUCGCCAAAUGCCACUGCUCCUCCCGCCACGAUGUCACCUCCACGUUCCCCAGGCGCAAAGCGCCAGGCGCCGCCCAAACCACGGGGGUCUCCGUCCUCAGCAGAGAGUUCAGUCACGCGCCGCGGAGCCGUUUAAGGAGUGUGGACGAGCGGUCGACCGUCUGGUCCUCGGAUGCAGGGUGCCGCGAUGAUGAUGAUGAUGAUGAAGACAGCUUAAAGCAGACAGUGACUCAAAGGCUGUCACAGUCUGGUGCACCCAGAGACGCUGCCGCCGCCUCCUCCUCCUCCUUUUCUCACUCCUCCUUCUCCAGCGGCGACGACUGGCUCAGCAGCAAGCGGCGCUCCCACUCCUUCACGUCAGCGACAUUUCAGAAGAUCAAACCCAGGCUGCACACACCUGGAGGCCGAGGCCCGGAACGAGGCUCCAACUACUGUGUGACUCUUGUGGUUGGAGACAAGUUGUCGUCCACCAGCAGAAGCUCUGAGCCGCCGCUGCUGGCGGCUGCUGGAUGGCAGCAGGACAGCUAUCAGGAUCCGGCUCUGAGGAGCUACACCAGCCUGCCGAGGCCACGCAACAAGUCCGUCUUCAAGAAGUUCUUUGGGAAAAGGGACAUCUGAGUUUUAAAAAUAUAUAUAUUUUACUAAUAAAGUUUUUUUUUUUACAAAUAGUUUCUAAUGUGCAGUGCACAUAUUUGUUGAAAAGCAACAACAACAACAAAAACGCUACUACUGACUGUAUUUAUGAUCCGAAGAGCGACCACGGUUUUUUGUUUUUUUAGAUGUGUUUUAUAUAAAUCACUUCCGGUCCUUCUGAGUGUUUGUAUUGUUCUUUCUCAUUGUUCUCGUGAAAGGAGCACUACUGUGUGAGUGUGCACCGUGUGGUUGUAGAUGUGAUUCUUGGAAAAACAGGUUUCCUUGUCGGUCUGAUUUCAUAUUUCUUUUUAUAGUUUUGGGAUUCUCGAGGUAUUAAAGAUACCGACCUGCUCAGUAGAGAAUCAGUUUAGGAACUGACUCAGUUAUGACCAAGAGUUAACAAAAAUCAUCACAUGUACAGCGUGUGAUGCACCGAAACAUGUUCUUCCACAUAUUCAAAUCAGCAGUUUGAUACUGCUUGAGCUUGUUUGAUAUUAACACUUUUUUAAAUACAAAAUGACUAUUCAUAAUAAAAUAUUAAAAAAGUGA